UGUAUGAGCGGCAUAUACACACAACAAGGUGGUUUCUUGGUCGCAAAUUUCUUUUCCGCCAAGGUGACGUUUGCUACCGACUGGCACAGUAAAGAAUAUUGUGCAAGCGUAGAGUUUUACGCACAUGCCGUAUAUGGAGAUGCAAGCUUCGACAUUGGAGAUUUUUAAUCCAUCUGCUUCUUCUGGAUAGUCGCUUGUUCCAGUUGGAGUUGAAGUCGAGCGUGCAUAUAAAGUUUCAUGUUAUGCGACGCACCUGGAGUUCUGGGAAACCUGGUAGACUGAUUUUCAUAUGACCGCUUACUUGCGCCCUCUUUAACGAAAAGAUGUAUUCGUACACUUUCGAUUGAAUGCGGAAUCCGCAUCAUAUUGAUAUAAUGAAAAGUGAAAGCGACCUAUAUUUUUGGAUAAUACGUACACGUCUGCGUUAUUUUGGAUGAUAAUUACCAAAAUCAUAAGCAUCCAAUCAUGCCAACACAAGUGACCUCGGAAUACAAUGAAUAUCCACUUCCCAGUUCGCGCCAGCCUUAUCAUCUUUCGCAGAUGCCGCCGCCCACGGGCGCGACCCGGCUAGACCACUGGAACGGCGGUCCUAUAUCCAAUCCUAGCAUCGCUCCCACCUCCCAGACGGUCCAAACUAUCCGUUCAACCAACCAGAAAAUUCACUCGUACACUAACGCCCACCGGCACCAUCUCCAGGAGAAAAUCCCGCCCAAUAAACCCUACAUCGGGCUGCGACCGGCUUACCGCCCGGGGUACGCUAUUUGUGUCCUGAUCGCCGGCGGUAUCAAUCUGAUCAGCGGCAUCCUGAUGACUGCGCUGGCAUACUCGCGGGCAGUGGACGAGGAUAAUCUGACCGCCCGAGUACUGCGAGUUCUUGGGCCGGUAGCCAUAGUAAUCGGAAUUUUUCUCAUCUGUGGUUUAGUAUUAUUAUUCCAUUUUCGCCACCGGAAACGGAAAGAGCGGUUGGCCCGCGAGCGCGGACACGGGCCGAUUGAUCGGCCGACGCGUCGGCAUCGACGACCGGAAGUGCCGCGGGAAUACCAGAAUCGGCAUGGCACUCAAAUGCCGGCCGAAUCAGCUGCGGACGACUACAGCUAUUAUGAUAGUAUGCCGAAAACGCACAUACGCACCGGCGGAAGGGAGUCCGGAAGACUGCAGCGGCCACCCGGAGGCGAUUGGAAAUAUGUCAGUGAUAUCAAAGACGCUACACUGUCGCCCAAGUAUCCACGAGAGGAGCGGAAACCUCUGGAUGCCGCUGCAGGAUACAGGUUUAAAAUGUAUCCGUACGAUCAAAGUUUUCGAAGUCCGUAUUCACAGACGGCAGCCGUGCCCGAAAGGUCAGUGCCAGCUGCAGCGUUACCGCCUCUUCCGACGCCACGGCAACCGCCUCGAAGGGAAACGCGGCGGGAUUACGAUGACCGACGUUACUGAACCAUGGUUACAUUUUUUUCUUACACCAAAUGCGGCAUUCUACCGAUGAAUAGGUCAAGUUUUUACAAAUUAUGCUGUUAAUAAAACACACUGGGUGUUAAUCAUAAUUUAUAAAGUCAACUCUGAAUUUUGUGCGAACGAAACGUAUUUGAACUUGGAUAUUCAAACACCACAAACGUUAUUGCAUGCGCGAACGCGCCAGUAAAGUUAUUUUGUAAAUGCUGCG